CAGCCAUUUUAGGGGGUGCUGAUGGAUACCUGCGGGGUCGGCUGUGUUGCCCUGGGGGAGGCCGGCCCCGUGAGGAACAUGACUGUGGUAGACUCUCCUGGACAAGAGGUGCUAAACCAGUUUGAUGUCACGGCCUCUUCAGAAAUAACCAGUGCUGAGGCUUCCAUAGAGAUGUCUUUACCUCCACCUUUGCCUGGAUUUGAGGAUUCUCUUGAUGAGAGCAGGCUCCCUCCAGAACAAGAAAGCUUCUCCAGACUUGAACAGCAAGAUCUUUCUUCAGAGAUGUCAAAGGUCUCAAAACCUAGGGCCUCAAAGCCUGGCCGGAAGAGAGGUGGUAGGACACGGAAAGGCCCCAAAAGGCCCCAACAACCUAAUCCUCCGUCAGCCCCUCUGGUUCCUGGUCUCUUAGAUCAAUCCAGCCCUCUAUCUGCCCCCAUGCCUAAGAAACGAGGUCGAAGGUCCAAGGCAGAGCUGCUACUGCUGAAGUUGUCCAAAGACCUAGAUCAGCCAGAGUCUCCACCUCCAAAGAGGCCCCCUGAGGACUUUGAGACCCCUCCUGGGGAACGACCCCGCCGAAGGGCUGCCCAAGUGGCACUUCUGUACCUUCAGGAACUGGCUGAAGAGCUCUCAACAACCCUGCCUGCUCCAGUGCCCCGUCCCGAGAGCCCCAAAGUGAGCAGCCCUGCCCAACCAAAUAAAAGCCAGCCACAGGCAGCCUGUCAAGGUGGAGAAGAAGAGACUAACACUGCACGGGAUGAAGACUUUGUUCUCCAGGUUGAGGCUGAAGAUGGAAAUGAAAGCGAGGCUCCAAGCGAGAUCUCAUCUGACCCCGAGCCUGCGGUGCCUCGGAGCACCCCACGAGGAUCCACUUCCGGGAAACAGAAGCCACACUGCCGGGGAAUGGCUCCCAAUGGCUUACCAAAUCACAUCAUGGCUCCAGUUUGGAAGUGCCUCCAUCUCACCAAGGACCUCCGAGAACAGAAGCACUCGUACUGGGAGUUUGCAGAGUGGAUUCCGUUAGCCUGGAAGUGGCACUUGUUGUCUGAACUUGAGGCGGCGCCCUACCUGCCCCAGCAGGAGAAGUCUCCACUGUUCUCUGUACAGCGUGAAGGACUUCCUGAAGAUGGCACACUCUACCGAAUAAACAGAUUUAGCUCGAUCACAGCACACCCAGAGCGCUGGGAUGUGUCCUUCUUCACAGGGGGACCCCUCUGGGCUCUGGAUUGGUGCCCAGUGCCAGAGGGGGCAUCAGCCUCGCAGUAUGUGGCCCUUUUCUCCAGCCCUGACAUGAAUGAGACACACGCACUGAGCCAGCUUCAUUCGGGUCCCGGGCUGCUCCAGCUCUGGGGCCUCGGGACCUUGCAGCAAGAAAGCUGUCCUGGCAACAGGGCCCACUUUGUCUAUGGGAUUGCUUGUGACCAUGGCUGCAUCUGGGACCUCAAGUUCUGCCCCAGUGGAGCAUGGGAACUUCCAGGCACCCCUCGGAAGGCUCCUCUUCUGCCCCGAUUGGGCCUCUUGGCUCUUGCCUGCUCAGAUGGGAAGGUGCUGCUGUUCAGUCUGCCCCAUCCGGAGGCCCUGCUGGCUCAACAGCCCCCAGAUGCAGUGAAGCCCGCCAUCUAUAAGGUACAAUGUGUGGCGACCCUUCAGGUGGGGUCUAUGCAAGCUUCGGACCCCUCUGAGUGUGGUCAGUGCCUUAGCCUGGCCUGGAUGCCCACCCGGCCCCACCACCACCUGGCUGCUGGCUACUAUAAUGGCAUGGUGGUUUUCUGGAACCUUCCCACCAGCUCACCCCUGCAGCGGAUACGGCUCUCUGACGGCUCCUUGAAACUCUACCCUUUCCAGUGUUUCCUAGCCCAUGACCAGGCUGUGCGUGCCCUUCAGUGGUGCAAAGCUAACAGUCAUUUCCUCGUCUCUGCGGGAAGUGACCGCAAAAUCAAAUUCUGGGACCUUCGACGACCUUAUGAACCCAUAAACUCUAUCAAGCGCUUCUUGAGUACAGAGCUGGCCUGGCUGCUCCCCUACAAUGGUGUCACUGUGGCUCAGGACAACUGCUAUGCCUCUUAUGGACUCUGUGGAAUUCAUUAUAUUGAUGCUGGUUACCUUGGUUUCAAGGCCUAUUUCACUGCUCCUCGAAAAGGCACUGUCUGGAGUCUUUCAGGAUCCGACUGGCUUGGGACAAUAGCCGCGGGAGAUAUAUCCGGGGAGCUCAUUGCAGCUAUAUUGCCAGACAUGGCACUGAACCCAAUAAAUGUCAAGCGACCUGUAGAGCGAAGAUUCCCUAUAUAUAAAGCAGAUCUGAUGCCAUAUCAGGACAGCCCUGAAGGUCGAGACCGUUCUGCUUCAUCGGAGGCCCCCAACCCUCCCAAGGCUCGAACUUAUGCUGAAACUGUCAGCCAUCACUACUUGCUCUUUCAAGACACAGAUUUGGGUUCCUUCCACGAUCUGCUCCACAGAGAGCCAAUGCUGCGCAUGCAGGAAGGAGAGGGGCAUUCGCAGCUCUGCCUGGACAGGCUGCAGCUGGAGGCUAUCCACAAGGUCCGCUUCAGCCCAAACCUGGAUUCCUAUGGAUGGCUGGUAUCUGGGGGACAGUCAGGGCUGGUUCGGAUCCAUUUUGUCCGUGGACUCACCUCACCACUGGGCCACCGUAUGCAGCUUGAAAGCCGAGCCCACUUCACUGCUAUGUUCCAGCCGUCCUCCCCUAUUAAAGGGCCUGGCUUCCCUCCAACUAGCCAUCGCCUUCUGCCCAGUCCCUAG